AUGUGGCACCUUGGGUUCUUAUCACUGCUCUUCGUUGGGAUUUACGUUCUACAGGCUCCACUUCUUGCGGCUAGUAUGCGUGCAGUGACGUGGAAUCUCCGUUUCGACUCGCAGCCCAACAACAUUCCAGUGAGCCAGUCACUAGCCUCGCUGGGGGAUCCCCUUCAGCAGCCAGCGUUUCUGAAUGGCUCAAAUGAACGACCGUGGAGUACCAGAAGAUUGCGAGUAGCAGAACAUCUUCUCAGUGAAGGCAUUGUCCUUGCUGGUUUUCAGGAGGCAUUGGUUCGACAGGUGAAUGAUCUAGCCGAAUUAUUUGGCAGCGAGUGGUCUUGGAUCGGCGUCGGACGAGACGAUGGAGUCCAAGCGGGGGAGUUUAGUCCCAUCUUCUACAAACGUUCUGCCAUCACUCUUUUGUCUAACGACUCUUUCUGGACCUCCAACACACCCUUCGAACCCUCUAGAUUCCCUGGAGCCGGUUCAUUCAGAAUUUGUACGGUAGCGCACUUCACGCUGGCGAGAGAAGAUGGGCCUCGGAACUUUACCUUCUUGAAUACGCACAUGGAUGAUCAGUCGGACGCGCAGCGCAGACUAGCUGCGUCGCUUCUUCUCACACGCGCCCGCUUCGAAGCAGUCACAACUGGUGGACCCGUGCUCAUCUCAGGUGAUUUCAACAGCCCUUCCACUGGUGUUGAUUCCGGCGCAUAUUCCAUCAUCACGGGGGCUGCUCUCCCGGUGGCUAUCAACGCCACCUUCGCACAGAGGUUCAGCGUUCCGGAUGACCAGCUGCCUGAUUUCAAGAUGAUUGAUCUUCGCGGCCAAGCCCCGCGCCGUGCCGUUUCCACGAACUUUGCUACCUUCACCGGUUUCACUGCACCGAAUGAUGCGUCCCACUGGUCGAGGAUUGAUUUUAUCUUCGGCGGAAGUAAUCUAGAGUGGACUGUAGAUGCGUACAAGGUGGACUCGGUUCUGGCGGAUGAUGGUGCGCUGGCAAGUGACCAUCGGCCCGUAUUUGCAGAUAUCAAUAUUUGA